UUGUCACAUCAGUGUCAGCUCACAGUAAAACAUCUUUUGCUUGGUCCAUCUUUUUUUUUUUUUUUUUUUAAAGGUUAAAAAAUAUUCACACAAGGGAAUAUUAAAGAGCAGUAAAAAUGAAGGACCCCAAGCCACAUGCAACAGCAGGGGUGGAUCUUAGAAACACAGCAGGAGAGGAUGAAGCAGAUCAAGGCUCCAUGCAGGCUGGGAAUCAUCUCUAUAACGCUCAGAAGGAAAUGGGAUUCUGUUGGGGGGUUAACAUGUGUUUGUGUCCAGGAUACCUGCUUGAUGGGAGAAGCCCGGUGGUAAUGUGGUGAUUCUCAUAUUGGGUUCUAGUUUGCAGAUAUUUGUUUUAUUAUAUUUAAGUACCUACAUAUAUAUUGCAUGAAUUUUCAUAUGUAGCGAAUCCUAGGAGAGAAAAUGCUUCCGGGUGUGGUCUGGCUGAUCCUUAAGAUCAUUUCCAGCUCUAAGCUAUGGUUUCCCAGCCACACUGUCUCUUAGGUUUCUGUUUAGGGAGAUCAUGCUAUCAGCUGAUUAUUUAGCAAAGAAUUAGGAACCCAAGGACUCAUCACUUCUCUCUGCAGGGGUCACAGCUAAAGAGUCUACAUCAUUCAGGAGAUGAAGCUGCAGUCUCGGUCAGCCCAUUGUUUCAGAGAUGGUUGUUUUGGAGGAUGAGCAAAAGCGUUUUGUUGUUGUCAUGGUGGCUGUUUUUUCCCUCUUCAAAGUUCUUCCAGUAGAAACUUCUUUUUUUUACCGGGUGGUGCUUUGAGGGGCUUUGAGUGCCUGGUGGGCAAGCCCACUGGUUUCCUUGGUACUGGCCGCAUCCCCCUGCAGGGACUGUGACUCAGGUGAGAAGCUCAGGUUAAAAGACCAGGUUGGCUCUGUCAACCUGUCUGCUCUUAUUGGUCCUUCAGCCAUUAUCAUGUCUUCAGUGCGGUUUACUUACAUCUCACUGAGUGAUUGUCAUAUGUUUAUGUGUGUGUGUGUGUGUGUGUGUGUGUGUGUGUGUGUGUGUAUCUAAUUCCCAGUGGAACUGAAAGUAUUUAUUGCAAAUGAUUUAUGUGCAAAAUUCUUAAAGAAUUAAAAAAAUAAUUUUGUCUUUUUCAGAUAGGAGCCCUUUGUGUUUAUAGCAUUCUUUGAUCUGCCGCAGAGCUGGGCAGUCUUGGCAGCUGCUAUUCAUAGCUUGCUUGUUUCUGCCGUGUUGCUACGUUGUUAGGUGAUGAUCCACACUUUCCCUAAGUCUUGUUGUUCUUUUUCUUUAGGGGAAUGAAUUGUGUGACUUUUAACAGGACGGUUUUGAUGCAGGCUUUUAUAUCCAGAUCUCCUCACCCAGGAAAGGCAACUGCUCAGGUCUCUAGGAUCAGGUUCAUGUGACCAUGGGAGAGACUGAGCUAAAAGUAAUUAGAUGCAUUUAGCCCUGGCACCAGGCUGGUGGGAACGUCCACAGCCACGGGAUGCACCCGCAAGGAGGCACCAGAGAUGCUAUAAAGCCCUACUCUGGGGAUUAGGUGUUUGCCACAAUAGUGGUGACCAGAUCACUUCCUUCUGAUAAUGGAGAUUUUAUCAUUUAGAGAUGGCAAGUUAAGAUACUUUUAUUGAAUGAACUUCCUGCUAAGUUUCUGAGCCAUAGUUGAGUUUAUGACAUAAUUGCUGUACAUGUUGAUACCAUCUUUUAUCAUAAUAGUUUUUCAUUGUUUUUAAUAAAGGGAUAAAAAUAAUAGGAGACAUUUUAGAAAGUGGGUUUUUUUUGUUCUAUUAUUCAUGAUACUAAAAAUUACCCAAAAUAAGAUAUUUUACAAAAAAGGAUUUUGUUCCCAAAGUGACUAAUUUAAAUCAGUUUAUACAAUGAACUUGCUAAUGAUCCUCAGUCUAGAGGAGUGUAAUGCUUUUAUACUGUUAUCAUUUUUUAUGAAUAGAAUUAUACAAAAAGUUCCUAUUGUGUUGUACAGUGAGUUUCUCACAACCAUUCUUUAUCAACAGAUGGCAACCGGCACAUGAAAAAUAAUUAAAAAAUAAAAUGAAAAGAAACCGAGAAUGAAUUAAAGUGCUUCUUUGCGUUCUGAUCUGCAUUUUUGGUUUAGAAUUUUUAUGGUGAAUUGCCAUAUUAUCUGUUAUAUCAGUUUACAAUGAGGCUCCUAUCAGACAUAAAACAGAUUUAUAAUACCAUUAAAAUACAAUAUCAAAGAAUGAAUAAGCAAUUCAAUAAAAUUACAAUAACACAAAGAUAAAAUGAAAGCCUUUUCAAUAACAGUUUUAUGCAAGAACAUUUUGCAGAUAAAUAUGUGUUUAUAGAUCUUUUAAAUGUACAUUUAUUAUACUGUUCCUAAUAGAGCCACAGGGGUUAAUUUUUCCUGUGUGUUGUCUUUUAUAAGUGGUUUAAAAGCUAGCUGCAAAACUCUUCAAUAGAUUGUUUUGAGUCUUUGAAUUGAUUUUGGUAAAGGGAGCUUUUACAGUCCUGCAGCCGAACAUUCACACACAGACCAGUCAAUGUGGCUGGACU